AUUUACACAAUCUGUGUCAUAUCCGGUUUAUCGUCGAGGUUAAAAUCAGGGAUUAGAACACCAAAGAAGAACCAUGCUGAGUCCGAGAAGUGUAUUGAUUACCGGGGCUAAUCGUGGAAUAGGUCUGGAACUUGUCCGACAGUUCUUGCAGCUUGAAACGCCACCAAGACACGUAUUUGCCACGUGCAGAUGUCCUGACAAAGCCGAGGAUCUUCACACACUAGCAAAGUCGAGCAGUGCUGUAAGCGUUUUAAAACUGGACGUUUCUGUUCCUGCCAGUUUCCCACGUGCCCGAGAAGAAGUAGAGGUUAUUUUACAAGGCAGUGGUCUAAACCUCCUCAUCAACAAUGCCGGGACUAUUGACCGCGCUGACCUCUCCUCUGUUACUGUGGAGAGUAUGCAAAGUCUCUACCUAACCAAUACCAUUGGCCCCCUGUUUCUGGCUAAGGAGUUACUUCCCCUGAUACAAAAGGCUGCAAAAGCGUCGCCUGGCCAGCCAAUGAGCUGUUCAAAAGCGGCAAUUGUCAAUAUGACUAGCAAGGUUGGAUCAAUGGCCGACAAUAGAAGUGGGGGACGUUAUCCGUACAGAAUUUCCAAGGCGGGGCUGAACAUGGUGACGAAGAAUCUUAGUGUAGACCUUAUGUCUGACGACAUUCUGAGCACGAGCCUACAUCCGGGUUACGUCAAGACUGACAUGGGCGGACCGUCCGCCCUCAUCACAGCUGAACAGUCGGUACAAGGCAUGCUCACCGUAAUGGCAGGCCUCAAUACGGAAACCAACGGUCUUAUGCUAGACUACGCCGGCAAGAUCAUCCCCUGGUGAUUUUUGAUGUGUGUCCGAUAUAUGCGUUUUUUUCCUUUGGUAAAGACAAUAGAAGAUUUAGGUCACGUGAUAUGUGAAUGGUUUUGACUUUAACUGACAUAGACUGUACGUGAACUGUAACAUGUAAUAAAGUGUACUUAAACUGGAUAUAUACUUGGUAAAAUAUAUCAGGUGAUGUUUACACGGCUUACCUGAGCUUGGUCACUUGAUAAAUGUCUGAUAAAGACGAUGCGUUGAAUAGGUCAUGUGAUGUUUGGGUUAACGUGUAAUCGAUCAUGUGAUAUAUGUUUGUUAUCUUCUGUGUCAUCGUAAGAGGUAUCAAGUGAUUUUGAUCUGACAGCAAACCGUAAUGUUUAUGUUUGACCUAUCCCAGAUCGCUUUAUCAGAAUACAAAAUAAUAAAGGAUUGAAACAAGCCAAUCA